UUACUCGGACACCUGCUCACAAUAUAAACAUUUGUCAAAAACAUAAACGCCAUGAGACUUAUUACCCAUAAUAUGCUUCAAUGCCACGUCAAAGGCUGCAAUGCAAAUAACUUUCCAUUAGAGUUUCAGGAAGUUGAACUCGAGCAGGAGGAGGCAGAAAUGAACGAAGACUUUUUGAGGAAUAUGCUCACAAAACUGGAAUACGAUGCCCUUGUCAGUACUUGUCUCAAGCUCGGUAUUAACGAUCUUCCGGCAACUAUGCCCGCAGAUGCCGCCUACAAUGACGAAUUCCUUCAGAUCCUUCACCGCGUUAUCCUUGAGACGCAUGUAAAGUCUGGAAAAAUGAUCUGCCCAAACUGCAAACACAUUUACAAUAUUCGAGACGGCAUUCCCAACAUGCUUUUGGCAGAGCACGAAGUUUAGAACGCAU